AUGGCGGAUCCAGGCUCCCCGAUGUCGCCCUCGAUCGCGCCGUCCUCCAAGGGCCCGGCCUAUGAGCCUGCCGAAGAGAGGCAGGUGAGCAUGGCGACCAUGAGAGCGCCCAGACCAGAAGUUCUUUGGAAGAAGCACGAUCGAAAAGCCAUGAAGACCGGUCAGCGAGGGACCAUCUACUGGGUAGGUAAACACAUCAUCGCAGAGGAUGGUUCCAAGACUGGGGAGGUAGAAAAAGGAGCUAGUUACCAGGGCGAGUGGGAUAACAACCAGAAAAACGGCUAUGGCGUGCAGGUUUUCCCGAACGGCCAGAAGUACGAGGGCCAAUGGGCGAACGGCAUGCGGAAUGGCGAGGGGACGCUCUGGGUGCCGUUUGGCAAGGCGAAAAAGCUUCGCAAGCUUUAUGUCGGCGGCUGGAAGAACGACAAACGACAUGGUCGUGGCACGUGCUUCUUCAAAGACGGGCAGUUCUUCCAGGGAGACUGGACCCAGGGCAAGAUGAAUGGCCAGGGAUUGCUGCGAUAUAGCAACGGCGAUCUGUACAUAGGCGAGUGGAGCAAUGGCCUUCGAUCUGGGCAGGGGACCUUGACGAAGGCGAAUGGUGACUGCUACGAGGGCUUUUGGCUCAACGACAUGAGAGAAGGUAGCGGCUCCUACUUUUAUGCCGAGAGCGGGAAGGUCUUCGUCGGAGAAUGGGUAAGCGACCUGCCCAAGGCCGGGGUCUACACCCAGGCGAACUCCAAUCCCGAGCAGGCCACGCCCGUCCCACAGACCACGACCCUGCCUCCGCUGAUGUUGGCCUUCCCCAACGAGGUUCUGGAGGGAGCUCUAGCUGCCGUCCGAGAAUUGCAGCAUUUCUCGCCGGACCUUGCCGACAGCGGCGAGCAGGCCGAAGAGGCAGACGAGGACUAUGGCUAUGGCAAUGAUGUGGACAGCAUGAGCUACGCAGUGGGCAUGAGCAGAGCUGAAGAUGCAACUUCGCCAUGA